AUGAGACGUGAAGCAUUCUUAGUACUCCUCGUUUGUAUAUCUCUUGUGUCUGUUCUAAAGGCUGACGAUACCCCAUACGGAAGAUGCAUAGACUCUAUGUUCAACAACGCAAACUCUGAUUUCAAUACUGCUCUGAACAUAAGUACAGAUAUCACAUGGAGAAACUCAAAAUCCUUGGACAGAGCUGUUCUCAAGAUCAUACAAACCGGAGGUAUUGACGGUUUGAACUCCGUAUGCAAUGCUAGACAAGCGUUCUCUCAGAGCUUAGGUUUCACAUAUCCUUUCUGUAUCGAUCGCUAUUACCUUCUGAGCCUGGGAAACACUGAUUUUGUUAACACUGUCUAUUACGUCCACCUUUUCAAGCAUUUAGAGUUUGUGUGCAGUGCAGAUUACGAAGUUUAUCUUUAUGAAAACACUUGCAUCACUGGAGGAGAGAUGGCCCCAGGAUAUGAAGCUUGCCGCGCUACCUUCACUAACUCCUUGCAAAAUGAUUAUAACAAUCUAUGCCCCAACGUACAAAUUUUGAUGAACUGCAUCCAGACCUUCUUCAAGAGUAUCAGAAUCUGCAGCACCUUCGCUGCAUGGUCUGAAUGUGAAAAGGAGAGAGUUGGCUUUGCUUAUGACUGUCCUAACCUAGUCUGCAAUGUUUAG